AUGUCGCAGGUUAUGUCUUUGCUGGGCAAUGACUGGCCAACAGAGGGCGAGUAUGAAAUUGUCAAGGGGAAGUCGUUUGAACAGCCGACCAGGAAUCCUUGGUUAGGACUUGAAUACAAAGGCAAGUUUCCACAUCAAUCUAUUACCGGUGUUCUAAGGUCGGCGACGGACGAGCCUGCUUACAAUGCAGAAAUAGAUUGUGAACAGGAAGGAGAAAGCCAUCGGUAUAAGGCGAAACCUUGUGGUACUGGCCAGCAUUUGUCGUACUUGCUAUUCUGGGAUCGAAAACGAAAGGUGUUCGUUCUGGAAAAACUUAUAUCAAGUUUCGAAAUGCAUCCAGCCGCCAUGCAGGAAAGUCACGGAGUGUCUUCGACUGCUGAGGACAAUGAGACAGAAAUGGAUCUAGACAGGGAACUGGAUGCCGUGUUUGCGGAUUUGGAUGAGGAGGAUGACGACGAAGAGGUUGAUCUGGCAGCGGACGACGAUGGUAGCAAGCCAGAUGCAGUUAGAGGAUAUGGUCGGAAGAGUUCUGUUGAGGAUUUCGCCAACAGCCAUAUGAGCUCAGCCAACUACGUCUCUGACGAGGAUGAGACGGAUGGGCUGAUAUCAACGAUGGAAACUCGACGAUCUGGUGGAGACGAUGUUACAGACAGCGAUUUUGAUUCGGAGCUAGAUGCGGCGUUUGAGGAAUUGCGUCAAGAAGAUGGCGAAUCCGGGGAGCUGACUGCGGCAAAUGAGGGAAAUCAUGAAUUGGAGGAUAUAUUGGAAAAUGCUUUGGAAGAUGUGUAUAAAGACUUGUGCGACUCCCAUUCAGAUGGUAGCGGUGAUAUGACUGAGGAUGAUCCAGCUGAUGAAGCCGAAGAAGAGGUGAACAAGCUUUCCGGCUUUCCGCAGGAUGAUAGUGGAGGAGAUCUUUUACAUGCUCGUUCACGAGGAGGUCCUAUUUCACUCAGUUCACUGGAAGAUGGAAGCGAAUCCAGUGGCUCAGGUUCUAGCAUUGACGACUAG